UAUCAAUUCAAUCUCCCCAUAUGAACAACUAAAAUGAUGAUUAUCUGCCUUCGUUGCUAAAGGAAUUUCAAGAAACCGAAAAUGCAGAGGGACAGUUAUCUGAAUAGCAGAAAGUUAAGUAAGGAUUUAUAUGUUAUAACAAGACUGGGGAACUUAGGCUUGAUGACUCCAAUGAGUAAUACAUUAACAACAGACUUUGAAUAAAUGACAUUGGACACAUCACCUAAAGAAAGUGUAAUGAAUCAAAAUAACUGUCUCAAUAUUGACACUAUUGAUGAAUAAGAAGAGAAUAUAUUCAGAUUAUAAGUACCUGGGACACUUAAUGCAUAGAAACAUUAAAGUUUUAAAGUACCCAAAGAAUAAAAACGUAAAUCUCCAAAACAUAAAACAUGUUAACCGCAACUGACUGAACCUAUUAAUCAAGGAGUUGAAGAGAAUUAGGAUGCUAUCUUGGAAAUGUAAUCUCCUAGCUCAAAUGAUACUCCUUCACUUAAUGCUUAAACUUUAUAAUUAAUCAAAGAACUCUGGAAUUCAGAAAAGAAUGAGACUGAGUAUUUUCAGGAUAUUAUUGAUGGUCACUCUAUCCCUUAAGGAUUGUCUUAUGAAUAUAGUUACCUCAAUUAACCAAUUUACUCUCCACUUCUUGAAUCUUAAAGUCCUUAAGUAUAAUUUGAACCAGAUAUUGAAAUGGAUCUUUAUGUAACCUCUUUAGUUGUAAUAAAUAUUGCAUAUAUAUAUAGGAUUAACUUUGGGGAAAUCAGAUUGUAAGUCGAAAAUUAUAAAAAAUGUUAGAACAAGGAACUUAGGAAUAAAAAGAAUUGAUUGCUUAGAAACUAGAACGUAUAAGUCCAUAAAUUGAAAAAGAUGUAUUUGGUAAUUAUGUUGUUUAAAAGCUCUUUGAAUGCAGUAUAAUUUAUAUUAAAGUUUUAGCUAAUCAAAAGAUAUAAUUAAGAAUGUUUAAUAAAUUAAAAUCUCAUUUUUAUGACUUAUCUAAGAAUAAUUUUGGAUGUAGAGUAAUGUAAAAAUUAAUUGAAUACACCUACAAUCGUGAAGAUUUAUAAUUGAUUGUUCUAUAACAAUUAUAAUCUAAUAUGAGAUCAUUAAUCUAUGAUUUGAAUGGAAAUUAUGUCAUUUUUAAGAUGUUAGAAACUUAUGACAAAUUAAAAAUGGAAUUUCUAAUUCCCAUUGUAGAAGAAUCUGUAAAAUUUAUACAUUUAAAUUAUAUAGUUUAAUUACAUGGGCUAAUAAAUUUAUGGUUGUAAAAUUAUUCAUAAAAUUAUAUAAUAAUAUACUCCACAACAAAUAAGUAGAAUAAUUAGAUUAUCUGUGUAGAAUUAUAGUAUACUAAGUUAAACUGAAUAUGGAAAUUAUGUCUUAUAACAUAUUUUAUAAUAUUGGAAACCAAGCUAAGAAAAAGGAUAUUUAGUUCAAUUAGUUAUAUAGUAAUUUUACUAGCUUAGCAUUAAUAAAUACGCAAGGUAUCUUAUUAUAUUAUUUUAAGUAAUACUGUUGAACGAGCUUUGGAAGUCUUAGGAAAAUAAGAAUUGAUAGCAGUGAUGAAAUGGCUUCUAUGUCGAAGUCCAAAUUAAUAGUAAAAUAAUAAUUUAAUUAUAUUUAGUUCAAGCAAUUUCGUUGUCUUAGCUAAUCAUCAAUAUGCAAAUUAUGUUAUAAAGAAAUUUCUAGUUUUAUGUGACCAUAGUGUACAAAAAUAUAUAUCAGAUCAUUUAUAUUAAAAUUAAUAAGAAUUAACAGCCAUCAAAUCGACUGUGCAUGGUAUAAAAUAAAAUAGAUUAUAAUUAGGCCAAAGAAUUUAUAGCCUAUUAGAAAAAUAAAUCCAACACUGAG